ACAAUGCAUUGGUCUUAUUUCCAAGUUUAAAGACAUUUUCAGCUUUUAUUUCCUGUGUCCUCAGAUCAUUGCAAGAAAUGGUGACUCUUGCUAUUUAUCUGCUGGUCAUCUUGGGCCGAGCUCUUGCGGGGCCUUGUAUCCCAAAUAAAGCAGAUGUAAUUCUGGURUACUGCUAUCCUAAAACCAUCAUCACCAGAAUUCCAGAAUGUCCUUAUGGAUGGGAGAUUAAUCAGCUGGCGCUUGGAGGCAUUUGCUACAAUGGGGUCCACGAUUCAGCAGGAUAUUACCAGUUCACAAUYCCAGACCUGUCACCUAAAAACAAAUCAUACUGUGGGACACAGUCAGAGUUCAAGAAUCCYCUUUAUCACUUCUACAACUCCAUYGUCUCCAAUGACUCCUCAGUGAUCGUGAAGAGCCAGCCCGUGAAUUACUCAUUCAGCUGCACGUACAAUGCCAACUACCUGGUGAACCAGGCUGCCUUUGACCAAAGGGUGGCCACUGUCCACGUGAAGAACGGGAGUUCUGGCUCAUUUGAGAGUCAGCUCGCCCUCAACUUCUACUCUAAUGCCAAGUUCUCAAGUAUAAAGGAAGCUCCCUUCGUUGUUGAAACCUCAGAAAUUGGUUCUGACAUAUUUGCUGGAGUGGAAGCCAAGGGCUUAAGCGACAGGUUUAAAGUUGUUCUCAACAACUGCUGGGCAACUCCAUCCUCAGAAUAUUUCUACCAGAUCCACUGGCCUUUGAUCACCAAGGGUUGUGCCACCGACUACUCCAUCCUCGUGCACGAGAACGGCAAAACCAACCGCGCCACGUUCCAGUUCAACGCCUUCCGCUUCCGCAACAUCCCCAAGCUGUCCAAGGUGUGGCUGCACUGUGAGACRCACAUCUGCGACAGCGAGAAGUUCUCCUGUGCUGUGACAUGUGACAAACGAAGGCAGCGCUCGGAACAGACCGGAGGUGUUUUGGUGGCSGAGAUCACUGUGCGCAGCAAAGGUUUAUCCAGAUUUUACACACUCUCAGAUAUCAUCUUCCACCUACUCUUUGUGAUCGGAUUUUCUGCUGUUUUAUUAUGAAAUGCAGCCCAGCUGCGUUUCUCAACUUUUCUCAA